AAUUAAUUUUAUUUUUGAUUUAUAAAUAAACAACUGUUAUUCUGGUUACAAAACUAAUAUUUAGAAUUAUAAUUGUGUUUAAACUAUGUUAUUUUUUAAAUAUUUUUAUAACCUGUUUUAAUUUUACAAUUAAUUUUUUUAUUAAAGUGUUAGAACGGUAAAAAUGUGAAAUGGGGCAAGUUUUUCGUAACAUAAGAAAUUCGAAAACAAAAACUGUAACCACUUUUUAAAAUGAAAUUAAAUAUGAAUAUGAGCUGGUGUAAAUUACUCGGAAGAAACGCCCUUUCCACGCUCGAACGAGAACUACAAAAGCAGGUCUAUAUUCAUUUCUUAUCAACUUCCCUUCAACUGCAAGCAUCUUCCCACAAAUCGCGUUGACUCUCUUAAGGUUAAGAAUCCUACAAUUCGCUUUGCUGCUUGUGUUCAUGCAUUAGCUCUAAACUAAACUAUACUGAUCAACAUCUUUUCAGACGCUGCCUGUGUUCUUGCAUUAGCUCUAAACUAAACUAAACUAAACUGAUCAGCAUCUUUUCAGACAACAGCCACAUAAACCAAGCCGACCGGCCAGGUAAGCUGUGUUGUCUUCCGUUCAUUCAAUGCUCCUAUUUAUUUGUUUUAUUUUUUUACUGUAUCUUGAAGUUAAUGUAAAUUCACAAAUGUUUUUGUUUCUCUUUCCUGUGUAUGCUUAUUUCUAGAGUUUCUGUUUGGUCUGUAAUUGCUACUUGGUAUCAUCGCCUACUUCUUUAUAACUUCGUUGUUCCCUUUUUCUAAUCUUUUUCGAUAUUCUUAUUUGAAUUAAAUAAUAAAUUAUAACUUCCAUUCUCCUAAAAUUAAUUUAGUUUGUGCAUGUAAGGAUUCAACAAUAGAAAUGGUUAGACCGAACGAUCCCUUUUGGGAUUAUGUGGAGAAGAUGACCGGUACUGGUCUUUUGAGGUGCAAGUUUUGCGAGUAUAUAUUUGCUGUUGCUACUUCAAUAUCGAGGAUCAAAUCACAUUUCGCGGGAGUCAAACGGCGUGGAGUUAAUAUCUGUACAAAAGUGCCUAAAGAGAUUCAAGAAGCAUCCUAUUUAGCUAUUCAUGGCUCAAGAAAGAAACUUAAAACCAUGCCAAGUGAGGUAGCUAAUAAGUUUUCUACUUCUUCACUAGAAGAAAAGAAUGAAGUUGAAAUUCUUGCAAGGGAUAUAGAAGAGGUGCUGAUGGAAGCUGAAAGAUCGGAUGAAGUAGAGAGCAAGAGUCCUGCAGAAUUGAUCCAGUUUGUUGAAACUGGUAGCUCUGUUGAAGGGAAUGUUGCUGAUGUUCACGAGACUGGAGGAACUGUGUUGCCAAGAAUGGAUCUCGUUGGUCAAUUAAUUGAAAAAGACUGGCAAGAGAUAUAUGAUUCGUCAAAGGAGAACGAUGAUUUGAAUUGUAGCAGAGAGGACAUGGCUGGAGAUCUGAUUCAGGAAGGGUUAUAUGAGACUAGAGGAGAUGCAUUGCUGACAACGGAGCCAGUGGGUGAAGCGUUUCAAAGAAAUACGGAUGAGAUUUGGUCUUUGUUAAAGAAGGAAAAGGUUUUAACUAUUGGUGUUUGUGGAGGUGGGGGGAUGGGCAAAACAACACUGGUGAAGCAUAUCCGUAAUCUGCUUCUGAAAAAACCAAACUCUUUUCAGCAUAUUUAUUGGAUUACUGUAACACAAGAUUUUAGCAUUUAUAAGUUGCAGAAUCUGAUUGCCAAAAACAUUGAUUUAGAUCUUUCAAAUGAAAAAGAUGAGAAGAGUAGAGCUGCAAAACUUUCAAAAGCAUUUUUAACAAAACAAAAAUAUGUGCUGAUAUUAGAUGAUUUGAGGAAUCAUUUUGAUGCGGAGAAGGUGGGAAUUCCUAUCAGAGGGAAUACAUGCAAGUUGAUUUUUACAACUCGAUCACUAGAUGUUUGUAAAUGGAUGGGCUGCCCGGAGUACAUGGUCAUUGUGGAGCCUCUUUCUGAGGAAGAGGCUUGGAGCUUGUUUGCCAAGGAACUUGGGAAUUAUGAUGUCAAAGUGGGACAUUUUGCAAAAUUUCUUGCGAGUGAAUGUGCUGGCUUUCCACUUGGGAUUAAAACAACGGCGAGAAGCAUGAGGGGAGUGGAAGAUGUUUAUGCGUGGAGGAAAACAUUACAGGAAAUGGAAGAGUUGAAAAGUAGAAAAGGUAGCAUGGAACUCGAUGUGUUUCCGAUAUUGGAAUUUAGUUAUUUACAUUUGAAUGAUUUAUCAUUGCAACGAUGUCUGUUAUAUUGUGCGUUGUUUCCAGAGGAUUGCAAGAUCAACAAAAAUGACUUGAUAGAGUAUUUGAUUGCUGAGGGAAUAAUAGAAGCGAGAGGGAGCAGGCAAUCCCAAUUUGAUAAGGGCCACUUCAUGCUUGAUAAACUUGAAAAUGCCUGCUUAUUGGAGAGCUUUAUAACUGAAGAUUAUGGAUAUGUCAGGAUGCCUGACUUGAUUAGGGAUAUGGCCCUCCAAAUUAUGAAUUCAAGAGCAAUGGUUAAAGCUGGUGUUCAAUUAAAAGAAUUCCCAGAUGAGGAGACAUGGACCGAGGGCCUUGUGCACGUUUCAUUAAUGAGAAAUGACAUCAAGGAAGUUCCACCAAACCUUUCGCCAAGGUGUACCAAUCUGGCAACCUUGUUGUUAUGUGGAAAUCACAAACUGGAAUUGAUCACAGAUUCUUUUGUCAAACGAUUCUGCCUGCUCCAGUUUCUUGACCUCUCUUUUACUGCUAUUAAGGAAUUGCCAGGUUCCAUCUCUGGUCUUGUGCAUCUAGAUGGAUUAUGGCUGAGAGGCUGUUACAAGCUGAGACAUGUACCAUCAUUAGCAAAGCUCAGGAAACUGAAGAUGCUGAAUUUCAGUAAUGCCCCACUUGAAGAGGUGCCUCAUGGUAUAGAUUUGCUUUUCAAAUUGAGGUAUCUUAAUCUCGACGGGACUGCACUCAAGGAAUUUUCUGCCACUAUGUUAUUUAAUCUCUCUAAUUUACAAUUCCUCCACCUGAACCAGUCUUUAGGAGGUCUCAGAGCAGUUGAAGUAGAGGGAGUAGCAGGCUUGAGAAAGUUGGAAUCUUUGAAAUGCCAUUUCUAUGAUCUUGUUGAUUUCAACAACUAUCUUCAAUCUGAAGAGAGGCAACCGUUAUGCACUUACGAUAUCAAAAUAGGACAACUAGGUGACAAUGUCUUUACAGAUUUUAUGCUACCUCCAAUCUCAAAGAAAGACACAAAUAAAGAAGUUCGGUUAUAUAACUGCAAUAUUGGCGAAAGAGGAGAUUUUCUAGCACUUCCUGAAGGCAUACAGAAACUGGUGAUUGCUAAAUGCCAUGAUGCCAGAAACUUAUGCAACGUACAAGCAACUGGACUGAAGUCUUUUGUAAUUUCUGAGUGCCAUGGUGUGGAGUUCCUGUUCACGUUGUCCAGCUUUUCCACUGAUAUAGUUAAAAGCGUCGAAACUCUUCAUCUUUACUGGUUGAAGAACUUACUUGCCCUCUUCGGCAGAGAAGGAACUGCUUUACAACCAUUCCCAUCUAUUGGUACCUUUUCUUGUCUCAGAGUAUUUGAUGUGUUUAAUUGUCCAAGUAUAAAAAAGCUGUUUCCUUCUGGCUUGCUACCGAACCUCAAACACCUCGAAGUAAUUGAAGUAGAAUUUUGUGACAAAAUGGAGGAGAUAAUAGCGGCCGAAGAAGAAGACGAAGGCGGGAUUAUGGGUGAAGAAAGAAACAGCAGCAGCCGUUCCAUUGAUGCCAGUGUGGAAUUCAGGCUGCCAAAUUUGCGGCUACUAAAAUUGAGAAAUUUAUCGGAGCUAAAAAGCAUUUGCAGUGGGGUAAUGAUUUGUGAUUCUCUCCAAGAACUUGAUGUUGUUUACUGUUUGAAGCUGAAGAGGUUACCGUUCUCUCAUGCCCUGCUAAAAUCAAUUCGAAAAGCCCGUCGUAUCCAGAAGAAUGGUGGGAGUAUGUGGAAUGGGACAAGCGCAGUGCAAAGAACAUCCAUCAACCCCCUCCCUGAUGCUGUUGAGCGAGAGGUUACAUAAACUGCCUGGCCAUUGGAUUCAUGCUUCUUCAAAUACGUUGAGGAAUUGCGAAGAAAGCUUUUGGAAUGCCAGGUGCCAAGUUGAUAGCUAACGCUAUGUGCUCAGCAUCUUUAUGUAUUUUUUAUUCUCAUUUAAUGAUAGUUUCUGCACUUGAAUUGAACUAUUGAUGUUGAGACUGUCGCACAUUGAGAUUUGGUAUUUUGAGGUUGUGGUAUUGAUAA